AUGUAUGGCCCGGUGCCGCUCCUGAUCCUGACGCUAGUCCGGUUUAGCUAUACCGCCGAGCCAACAGCAAAAGUUUUUACGGCCACUGGCCCGAAUGGGGAGCCGGCACAAUAUUUGCUCGUGCCAGAUGCCAGCUCACCCACUGGCUCCCGGGCAAUUCCGUCUCCCACCACACCGAUCCCUACCACCGGGAUGCCUACCAUUAGCCUGCAAGCCCUGAUGGCGGCGAUCGGGCCGCAGACCGGAAACAAGGUGCAGCUGGAUUUGACGAAGUUGCAUCUUCAUGGCAUUGAUUUUGCCGUGAAUGGUACUGAAGAUGCAAGUGAUGCCAAGUCGUCUGAAGCUCCUUCUUCAACACUGGCCCCGUACACACGACGUCCGUUUGCCGGGCGGACCAGGGCCACGGUGGCGGUGCCCUUGGUGGAAAACGAGCAGGAGCUGGUGAAGAUGGCCGUGCCGAAGUCGAGUGAGCGGUAUCGUAGGCGGAAGCCAUGGAAAAGGGGCCAUGCUGGUACGGCACUGCCGAUCAUAGCUGAUAAUGAAGCCACGACAACAACACUGGCGCAACCCAGUUCUACGACCGUUCCACAACCGACCAGGAUCGAGAUCGAGCCGAAGAAGCGGCAGCCCGACAGCCCCCAGUCAUCUCCAAAAUGGAGGGCCCUCGAGUCCGGGGAAAUGACGGCGAUGGGCGAUUUUUUGAUCGCGAAUGGCAAAUCGAAGAAGGCAGGGAAAAUUCACCCAUCACUGAGGACAACCGUAGGCCCACGUUAUGAGACGACUGUUGUAGACGAAGUGCGUGACGACGAUUUUACAACACCUGCUCCCACCACAACUUCAUAUCGUAACCGGAUGCCGGUCGUUUUGGAGGCGCUCGAGCCGACAAACAACUUCCUCGAUCGCCAAGUUAAUGCCAUCGUGCAGCAGAUGAAUUCGAGAGUUUAUAAUGGUACCACCAUGGCUUAUCCCAUCACACCCGAGGACGCUACGGCCGAAUCAAUCGUGCAGGAAUUGAAGAACGCCUUUUUCCCUCCUCAAAUCAAAGCCAGCCCGACGGAAAUGACGGCCCUCCGUGAAGCUGCCAGAUUAGGCACCUCUCCAACCCCGGUCCACCCGGAAAUCCGAAGGCUGCACAUCCCGGCCAAGGCGCCCAAGCAGGAGGAGCCUAAGAAAGCAACGUUGAGCCCCGAAAAUGCGUUACUGGCUUUUCUCGAUCGGAAUCCCCUUGACAUCUACCGCGCAAAAGAUGAGGAAUCGACCACAGAAAAGAUCUUAACGACGACGGCAAAGACAACGACUUUUAUCACAACUCCAAAACUAGAUACGACAACUCCAGCUUUGCAAAUCGAUUCCCCGGUUUAUAAACAAGAAAAGGCAGAAUUCAAAAUAGCUGGAUUGGAUGGUGGAAAGCCAUCUGAAUGGAAAGAGAAUGCCGUAUCCUCCAAGCAAAGACACUACGGCAUGGUGGCUGCCCCGAUUAAUUUGAGGCGACUUCGCAAGAAGAGACUCCGUGCUGGCCGCAGGUUGACCAGGAGGGAUCGGCGUCGACCGCAGCAAACCAAAAGAAAUUUCCGACAGACGGCAAAAUACCAGAUGAACGACGUCAAGACGAAGGUGUUCCCAAGGAAACCCGCGGCAACGCUGGACGGUGAUACAGAUCAGCCAAAUCCGGUGCUGACCAGACCUCAGACUCAGAAUUACCAGCCUCAUCCUGAACCGAGAAGGCAUCUAGAAAUGACGACACCACAUCCCAAAAUUUAUACCACGCAUCCUUACAUGCUGACAACCUCGUAUACCCCAAUUCCGCUCCUGCCGCCCACCACCAGCGGACCGGCAAAGGUCGAGCCGAAAAUUCGAAUAUCUCCCGAGCUUGGGCCGAAACCACGGUUUCCGCAUAAUGUUAUCGGUCCAAUCCCUUUAGAGCAGCCAGGAAAGGGCAACAAAAGUGACAAUACUGUUUUCGAUCUGUUCCGAGAAGCCUUGGAAUAUGUUUUGGAUCCAAAGAAUUCAAAGGAAAAAUCGGACAAGCCCCGUGUGCAGCAGUUGAAGCGGCUGGACGCGAUUCCGGAUCCGAAUCUCCGAUGGUCCGAGGGAUCCCCGGCUAUUGGAGGCCUGAUGGCGCUCAGUAAUAUCCUAAUUCACCCCUCAAAUCGACACAAGGCGGCCGGGCAGAAUUCUGGAAUCGGUUUCUCGAAGUUGUCGAUAAAACGACAGGAGCCGGCCUUGAAGCCGGCCAAGUUACCAAAGUCGAACUUGGAUCUGGAGAUGGAGGAGCUGGCCGACACGAUUUCUCGGCUUGAUCAGCAGCAGCUAAAUAGCAAUUCGAUCCAAAUCUUGAACCCGACCGAGGAUCAGCCGUACUUGAUCGAUUCGCGCUUU